AGAAGAAGAAGAAGAAGACGUGUUAACCACUAAAUAUUAGUGUGUGAACUAUGUUGAUUGAGUCGAACAUCUUUGUCGUAACGCGUGACGUAUGACGUUUCCGGAAGUGUGGGCUAGAUUAAGAUACACAGAAUAUGGGCCAGUCAGAGAAGAAAUAAUUGUAAAAUAGGGACACUGUACAAAAAAAAAUUACUAUUUUUGUUUCAAGUUUCCUGCAAAUUUCAAGGGCUUUUUAUACAAUUUCAGGAACCUUGGGAGUUUCAACUUCUGAGUUUAGUGCAGCCUUUCAAACAGCGCCAGCUAGCAUCAACACAAGUGUCGAAUCAGAGAAAUGGGACGUAUUGGGCAGAUUAUCAGCUGCAGCCGCCUCCUCCACUGCCUUUACUGAGCGUUGUUGUUGUUCUGUCGGUACAGUAACGUCGUUUCUGUUUCACUGCUCGGCUUGUGAUGGCGUGGCAGUAGCUGCUUCUUUGUCUGUGUAAACCGCGGAAGGGACCAUGCAUGGAAAACGCGGAUGUUACUCUUUUUACACAGUCAGAGUCCAGAUGAGGACAAACACCUUAUAAUAGUCUCCGUCGAGCCAGUGACAGCCAGCUGACAUCGCUUCACAACUUCUUGCCCAGGUGUUUGACUGGUGAGCAGCUGAUCAUGGAAGAUGAGGUGUUUGACCAGAUUGUGACCGUGUUUAACAAGCUGGUGUCGUGGGUCGCUGCUGGUGCCAUGGUGUUUGGUGGGGUGGUGCCCUACAUCCCCCAGUACAGAGACAUCCGCCGGACCCAGAAUGCAGAGGGGUUCUCCACCUAUGUGUGCCUGGUCCUCCUGGUGGCAAACAUCCUACGGAUACUCUUCAGAUUUGGCCGCUACUUCGAGACGCUGCUGCUGUGGCAGAGCAUCAUCAUGAUCGCCACCAUGCUCAUCAUGCUGAACCUGUGCACCAACGUCCGCAUGGCCACUGAACUCAACACCAAAAGACGCUCCUUCAUAGCAACAGACAGUAAGGACGAGGAGAUCAGAAUCCCUAAGAGGCUCUUUCUGGACUUUGACUGGAACUACUUCUGGUCGUGGAGUCAGUUCGUGGAUUACUUGCAGUGCGUGCUGGCCUUCACGCUGGUGGCGGCCUACAUCACCUACCUCCUUCUGGAUUCCGCGCUGUUCGUGGAGACCCUGGGCUUCCUGGCCGUCUUCACUGAAGCAAUGCUGGGCACACCGCAGCUCCACUGCAAUUAUCAGAACAAGUCCACAGAGGGCAUGAGUAUCAAGAUGGUGCUGAUGUGGACCAGUGGUGACACCUUUAAAACGGGCUACUUCCUGCUCACCCAGGCUCCUGUGCAGUUCUGGACAUGUGGCCUGCUGCAGGUCUUUGUGGACUUCGCCAUCCUGUUCCAGGUUUACUACUACAGCCGCUACCCACAGAAACCGGUGUCCCACAGCGUCUCUCACACCACCAGUGCCAAAGCCCUCUGAAAGCCUCUGCAGGCACUCCGAGGACAUGCCAACACUCAGAAACACCAGUGAGGAAGAACUUUUCAAGGCGCUGUGGACAUGUAUAAACAUACACGAGUACCAAAGCACCUUGAGAUGAUGCAGGCUGCUCACCCUCAUCUCCAAGUAUACAUAAAGACACAUAAACACCCAUAAAUAUGGCACUUGUUACAAACAAACUCAACCUUUUUUUAAUUUAUCCUGCUGACGUCUUCUCAAUGCGACAGUAUGCUUGUGUCUUGGAAUGCCGACUUCUCAAAGAAUAUAUCCUUGAAUCAACUUGUGCAUGUGGAGAAUAUUAUGCACACACAUGAAUAUAUACAGUAUAUAAACUGCAGAUGUACGCACUGAAAUCUGUGCUCAAGGAAACGUGGACCAGCUUUUGUCGUCCACAUUAGCUGAUUGUUGCAUGGACCCUCUGCCUUAAAACACACACAUUCAAACACGGCUCGCUGCAUUACCAGCAAUAUAAAUGUAUGAAUCGGUCAAAAAAAAAAUCUUAACAUACAACGUUACUGAAUGUACAAAAUAGCAUUUAUUUUGUUUUUCCCAACACAGUGGAGAAAUGCUGGUCAGUCUACCACUUGUUGGACAGAUGGUUGCCAUGUGCUGUGACGCACAGGCUCAGUCUUGUGGGAUAAUAAAGGAAUCGAACUGUAAGAAAUUAGAGGCAAUCAAACUUUACCGAAAGAAGAAAAAUUCUUCUAAAGGCUUCUAAAACAAAUGGUCAUCAACAUAAGUGGCCUUGAGGCUAACAGAGUGACGCGAAAAUCGAGCUUUUUAAAUAAGGGUUGGUCUUGUGUCUGAAGCCAGUAUUGCUGGAAGCUGUAGGAAACAUCAUGAAACAUCGUCAACAGCCCGACCAGUGUUCAGGCUGCACGUGUUGUCGAAAGGCCAAUGCCAAGAUUUUUGUACUGAAGCGGUUGAUGACAUUUUGUAUAUAAUGUUGAUCAUUUUCUUUCCACAAAUUCCGAAACCCCCACAGGAGUCAGUUUAUCCCCCAGAUCUCAGUAUUCUUGAGGUGCAUUUAGACUGAACACAAAGCACAUUUCAGCAGCUCCUUAAAUGACCAUAGCUGUUACAUUACAUUACAACUUUAUACUGCGUUCAGGCAAUGUCAGCAGAAUGGGAACAACAGAAAAACUCGGUUCAUGCCUUCACCAUUCUUAGUUGGUUACUCCCACUGCUAGCCUCGUGGUCAGACCAUUUAAAUAGUCUAAAUUAGCUACUUUUGUUGUGGACUGUAUUAGUAAAUAUUGGUGGCUUUGCAGCCGUUUUCCCGCCAGAUUUGUUGUAAUGAACCACAAUUAUCCUUUAAGAGAGAAUGUUUUACAGACUGAUCCUUCUGAAUAUGCUCUGCAAAAAUCACAUCUUCACUUCCCAUCAUAUUGGCUGUGGGUAACACUGACUGGCCAGUUACAAUCCAAUAACAUCCCCUGGUAACCCUGCCCAUGACUCCACAUCCGUGUGCCGUGCUGCUUUGUGCGGGUUGUACUCAUCGCCAUUUUGUCAUAAAAAAUUAAUUUCCUGUUCAGAAGGAGAAACAGCCGCAUAGCACAGUGAAGAUUUUCUUUGUUGUUGUUGUUUUGUAAUUUUCCUCUGGGAAGGGGGGAAAUGCCAAACCAGGAUGACUGUCAGCUCUUCAGUGAACUGUGUACCAGAGCAGACCUGAUUCUGUCCUCCUCUUUUAAGCCUCAAGAAAUGUAAACUUACCUUUUUAUUCCAGUGGGACAUGGCAGGAGUUUUCUAUGAAUAUGUCUUUUCUGGCUCUUAAAUAUACAAAAAAAAAAUAAAAGGAUAUGGUGGAAUGAUUCCUCGGUUUCUUAGUAGUGGAUGUGCACUUGUUUAAUCACCCUAUUUAUUUUGUUCUCCUUGUCUAUAAUCUUCAAGUGCCAUUGUAAGAUAGUGUAUGCUUGUUUUAUUCAGACAGCGGUGAGGGUGACUGUGUAGUGUGGAUAAUGUGAGAUACCGAACAGGAUCAAAAUAAGAGUUUCCCAUCAGUUACUAUUUCAUUCCAUGUAUCUGAUUUUACUUUAGGUUUUGUAUCAUUUUGUUCAUUCAUUUAAUCAUGUGAAGGUGUUUUCCCAUAAAAAUUGCCAAGAUUUGCAUUGUCUUAUCUGUGAAACCCACACCUAGUUUGUUAAUGUACCAAAAGUAAUAUUUCCAGUAUGUUUCUUAUGCCAUUUUUACUAUGUUACAUCUAUUGGUUUGUAUUUCAUUUUUUUAUUAAACUGCCAACUAUCCACCUCAAUAACUAAUGACAUUCAUCAACACUUGAGGCUGUAAAACAGAGUAUUGUUGAGAAUCUAACGUGGCAUUGUCUCCCAAUAAAGAGGACACGGAGA